GGGGGGGGGGUGAAGGAUAGCAUGGGUUGCGUACAUCAAGCAUGGACUCGCCGUCCUCUGCAAUCUGCUGGGCAUGGCCAAAGUCACCCAGGAACGAGGCUACAAACGGCGACAUGCUCGCAUUGGCCAUGUCGUUGCUGGCCAGUCUCGGCGCCAAGUAGCAGUGACAAUGGCGGCGGUGGAGUUUGCUGACGAUUCGUCGUUCCGAUUUGGUUGUUGCCCGUUCCUCCGGCUCCACCGAUUGGCUAGUGGGGCUAGGGGAGUCAUCCAUCCAACGAUCACAGCUACACCCAUUGAUCCAAGCCUGUGCCACGGGGAAGGGAAGGUCAAAGCAGGGUGUAACGCAAUUCGUGGUGCUUGGUGUUGUGUGCGAGAGGCGGUAGGCGAGGCUGCUCGACGGGCACCGGGCGAUGGCACCUCGACUUUGUCCGAUUCGGGUGAGGAGUAGCAACCACCUCGCUCUCUGGAACAUGGCUGGAUUUCUCGAGGUCUUUGUGGACCAAACGGUUGUGCUCGACAGCGCUAACAACGUAGAGUCUGCUACGGCAGUCAUCACAUGUCCCAGUGAACCGGAGAUCUCCUUUGAGGCCGACAUCACUGACAAGGUGCGUGCGUCGGCCGGCGACGGCUUUGUCUGGUCGCGGGCCGAGGUGGUCUCUGUGCUUGCUGCGCUGGAGCGGCUCGCGCAGGUGGAGCACAAGCGGCCGGCCAAGGUCCACACGCCGUUCUCGAACCUUGUGGAUGCAGCGUCGCGGGCACGGCUCCGGUCGUCGUUUGCGGCGGCGUCGCCGCACGCCGCUCAGCUGGCAGCCAUGCAAAAGGCGCUGAUGACGACGGACCGGUCAUACAAGUUUGUGUACACGCCUGGGCUUGCUGACGCCGAUGACGUCGAGGCUCGGGCCUUUGCCAAGGAGCGCGGCUACACACGCGCUGAGGUUGUCGACUUUGUGGCGUGGAAGAUGGAUCUGGGCGAUCUGCGGAACGAGCUGGGCGAUGAUGACGCCCUCCGGACUGCUGAGCCGUUUUACUACUACGCCAUCGUGGACCACUUUGGCGGUGUCGACGCUGCUCUUGCGGCUGUCGAGGAUGCCACUGCGCCUGCAGCGUCGUCGGCUCCGGCCUCGUCGGCCUCUGCUCCGGCUGCGGCCCCGGCGAGCGCGUCCGUUGCCCGCAGCGGCGCCGCUGCCGCCGACCCCUCGGUCUGCAAGUUUUUCCUGCAGAGCCGCUGCGCCUUUGGCGCCUCCUGCCGCUUUGUCCAUCCUUCGGGCAUGGCCCAGGCUCCUCCGGCCGCCCAUCAGGCCUCUUCGGGUCCCGUCGUCUGCAAGUUUUUCCAGUCGCCGCAGGGCUGCCGCUUCGGCACUUCCUGCCGCUUUGCGCAUCAGUGAUGUACCGCUGGAGUGCUUGCUGACCAAGUAAACGUAUUUUUCCCCC